GACAUGCGGUAGGAAUGUGGUGGAGGAAGGAGUCCAGAUGGAAGCGGCUCUUACCGACACGCAGGGGCUGGAGGUGGUGCUGGGGGUCGGUGAACGUUGCACGGUAACCAGCGCCAUUCAGCGACCGGGACUCGAUCACCUGAGUGGAGGCGGCGAGACGAGCAUAGUGCUGGAGCGGAGGAUGGCGGUGUGGAGCGAGGGACCAGUCUGUGCUCUUUCAUCGCCCUCUCAGCCUCUCCAUGGUGGAAUACUGCUUCACUACUGCUUCACCGAUUCACUACCGACUCCCCCUUCCUCUCGCUCCUCGUCCUCUGGCCGCGCAUGCGCACACGGGCGUGUUCGCCAAAACCGGAUUAACUGUUUAAGUGCUGGACAACAGAGAAAAAAUAAUCAACCCGCAAAUAAAUAAUAGCUGUUAUAAAUUAUUACAAUUACCUCUGUGACCCCUUUAUUAAGUACAACUACAUAAUGUAGUAUUUAACCCCUUUAGCAGCAUUAUGUAUCAAUGUAAUGCAAUGGAAAAAGGGGAAUAAUGUCAUUAAGCUCUAGGGAGAAAGAGUAACGGUGUUUGUUGAAGCCAGGAUGAGAAGGAGAUUGUGACACAGAUAAUGAGGUUAGGAUUAAAAGUCACUUACAGGUGUCCACUGGUCUAAUGACACACCUCGUUUAUUGUUGCUUUUUUAUUCUGAUACCGUCGUUAAUAUUUGCACGUGAUAAUUAAGGAAUUAGGAGGUAGUUGCAUAUGUUAUAAACAACACUAUUGUCAAUUAAUAUGUCUUUAUAUUUUAAGGUUUUUUCGCGUGGAUAGCCAAUCGCACUUUCGCAACAUUUGAAAAAAACGUGUCAGAAUAACAACUACAAAUAUGAUGAAAUACUGUUUAUAAUGAUUUUUGUUGUAUGUGUUGCAUUAAUAUCCUCAUUAAGUCAUGAAUUUAACUUAAUGACGGAAUCCAAUACUGUGACGAAUCUGCUACGAGCCCUCACCACCGGUACCACUGACAGACAAAGAUGGCGGUCCCUGGUAAACAGUACGGGCUGAUCUUGCCUCAGAAAAAAGGACUGAUAAAAACAACGGGCCUGAAGAAGCAUUGUGUGUUUGGAGAUGACUCUGAAGAUGAGACUUCUGUUGGUGAGAGCCUGCAAAAAGAAGCAGCCAAGAAGAAGACGAUGAGGCAGACUCAGUUGGAAAUGAAGAAGGCCUUGGAGCAAGACAGCACAGUGUACGACUACGACGCAGUGUACGAUGACAUCCAACAGCAGAGGUUGGACAAUAGCAGGAAAGUUCUAUCUGAAGCAGAAAAAAAGCCAAAGUACAUCCACCAGCUAAUGAAGGCGGUAGAAAACCGCAAAAAGGAGCAGGAGCGCAGGGAGGAGAGGAAGAUCCAGAAGGAGCGGGAGGCAGAAGGGGAGCAGUUUGCCGACAAGGAAGCGUAUGUGACAUCGGCUUACAAGCUGAAGCUGCAGGAGCAGAAGGAGGAGGAGGAGCGUGAGAGGAGAGAGGCUGCCAUCGAAGCUGCUUUGGACGUGAGGAAACAAAGAGACCUGAGCGGCUUCUACCGGCACCUUCUGAAUCAGACUAUAGGAGAGGAGGCCAUCCCGGAUCGCUCCGCUAGCAAAAGUCAAAGUUCAGAGGAUCAGAAAAUCCCAGAAGCAUCACAAACAAGUAGCAACAACACGUUGAGUCCAGGAAGUGACGGUGAGGACGACCGUGAGGAGAAACCCGGAUUCAGCAAGUCAGCCCCCGCCACCUCAACACAGUCCAAACGCCAUUACAGACAGAGGUCGCCUUCAUCAGGCAGUGGCGAUGAUGAGAGGGAGCGGGAACGACGUAAGAAGAGAGAACGAGAGACGGACAAGCGACGCAGCCAGAAAAGAGACGAAGACCGAGACAGCCGGAGCCACAGAAGCAGGCGGGAUGCAGAGCGAGAUGCAGAGCGGCAAGACCGACGCAAGGAGAGGAGCAGUAAAGACGGAGCGAGGGAAAAGGAGAGGAGAAGGAGCAGGGAUUCUGAGAAACAUGAGAGGAAAGACAAAGAUGAUGGCGAGGAGAAAAGGAUGAGGGAUAAAGAAGAGAGAAAGAUGGAGGAUGAGGAGGAUGCAGACAAGAAUAAAGAAAAAGAUGAUGGGGAGGAGAAAAGGAGGCGGUCUAAAGAAGAGAGAAAGAUGGAGGACGAGGAGGUUGCAGACAAGAAUAACGAAGUGAAGAAUGAAGGUGAGGAGAAGGUGAACAAAUUUGCUAAACGUUCUACUGAACAGACGAUGACCUCGGCCAGAGAUCGAUACCUCGCUCGACAGAUGGCUCGCUCCGUCACAAAGAGCUACAUAGAGCGUGAGGAAGACUGACCACCUCCAUCCUCACUCUAAGCAAAGGCUUGCUUUCCAAGUCUGUGUUCAUGUGGGGGGAAAAUGACAAAAUCAUGUAAAUACCAGCUAAAAUAAAGACUUAUACCAUUAUAAGUCUUAUACCACUGAUCAAGUCUUUUGAAAUGGAUUAAUUAGGGGUGUCCAAACAGCUUUCAUUGCUCCUCUGCAUAUUGUAGAUGUGCUAGUUAACUUUGUCUCCUCUAAGUUAAGGGUUUGUUCAGAUAUCAGAGCAUGUCUACACUAGAUUGUGUUUUGCAUUUUCUGUAUGCGAUCCUCACUGGAAGGUGAGGACCAAGGAGUCGAUGGAACGGGAGUGCUGACUGAUGGGGAUCAGAAUCCAGAAACAUUGCAAACAUGUCCUCUGCACAUUGCUCAGCCAUUCAUUGUUCUAAUGGAAGCUCCAAAAGACCGGAUGUGUCAUUUAAGUUCCCCAGAAACAAAGACAGUUUUGUGUAAUAAAAAUGUAGAUUGAUAACACUGGUUGUAAAUAAACAGGGCAUUGGACAAGCUG